UGCUGCCUGUACUUUGUUUCUUACAUCAUACGCUGAUGAGUCAGAGGGACGGACAAACAAGGACCAGGAACAGGCUGGUGUAACCCAGAGUCACCUCAGCCUCAGCAAGAAGCAGGAAAACAUAUUCAGAGAAGGAAGGCUUCUCACAAAACCAGACCGAGGAGAAAGAGAUGACUGAGGACUUGGAGGAGCAGGAAGACGAGCUGCUUGCUCUCCAGAGUAUCUUUGACACGGACAAGUUUGUUUGGGACGAGUCGAAGUCUGCCGGAGAAAUCCGAGUAUGUGUCGAGCUUCCUGUCGGCUUCAGCGUGGCUCUCAGAGAGGGUGAAAGUCUGCGUCAGUAUGAUAUUUCCUUCCUUCCACCGCUGCUUUUGAACUUUGGACUUCCUGAGGACUACCCGUCCUCCUCCCCUCCCUCCUUCAGCCUCACCUGCAGCUGGCUGACUCACACACAGUUGGCUGCACUGCGUGCCCAUCUCGCUGAUCUCUAUGAGGCCACUGGGGGCGCUGUGGUGCUCUUCUCCUGGGUGCAGUUUCUCAGAGAAGACGCUCUGAGGUUCCUGAACAUCCACAGUAAGCUGGAUCUUCCUCCUGAUGAACGCAGCACCCUGCAUUAUAACCAGGACCAACACGAUGCUGAACUCUCAGAACCAAAGAACAAUUCAGAGCCAGAGUUCUCUGUACCAUCCUCGGAAGUUCAGGAGAAUCCUUCUGACGGGAGCCGCACAGACUCUCAGGGAGCUUCGGCUUUAGACUCCUGCAAGCAUGACCAGAAUGAUUUGAACUCUCACACGAGCCAGAGUGAUGUAACUUCAGAUUAUCAAAGAGCUCUUUCUCCAGAGCUUGCACUCCAAAACCAAACUGCACACACUCCAGAUGUGACAAUCCUCCAAGCCUCAGAGUUUAAGGUUGGUCCCCAGGAUGAUCUUUCUUCAUCUGCAGAGAAAUCCAAGCAUCAUCAAAGUGUCCGGGAAGAUUUCUUAAAUGAAGGAGAUGCUUCUCUCUCAUCGCUGCUUCCCUCUGCCUCCUCAGGCACGUUAGAUCCAAGUGAACUUGGAGCUGCUUCUCUGCCGGUCCACCCCACAGAUUCUCCUCAGAGUGAAGAGCAAACCCUCUCUGGUGUCUUUUUAACUCCAUCACAGACUCUGCUGUCCCACAUUUUGAUCUAUGAUGCGGCCCAGAAACACAAAGUGUUUGCCACCACCGUCUUUGACUGCGGGGUUUGUUUUAUGUACCGGCUCGGGUCCGAGUGCGUGAAGCUGUCACCGUGUGGCCACGUCUUCUGCCGGGCCUGUCUCUGCGAGUUCUGCACGGUUCAGAUCACAGAGGGGAACGUCCAGGGUGUCACCUGUCCUCAGGCAGACUGUGCUGGUGCCCCUACACCUGCACAGGUGCAGAGUCUGGUAGGGGAGAAGCUGUUCAGCCGCUAUGACCGUCUCCUGCUGCAGAACACUCUGGACAGCAUGUCUGAUGUGACGUACUGUCCUCGAACAUCCUGUGGCUCUGCUGUGAUUUUGGAGAAGUCCACCAAGGCAGCGCUUUGCUCUGAGUGCGGCUUUGCCUUCUGCGUCGCGUGCAAAAGGACCUACCAUGGAUUAGAAGAGUGUGAAACCAAGAAAAAACAAGCAAGAGAUGCAUUGCAAACCAUUUUAAAAAGCCUAGACUUGCCACAGUCACAAGAGGGGGUGAGUGCUCUCUUGAAUGACUAUAAACAUGGCAGUAAGGAGAGGAAACGCCUGCUGGUGAACAGAUAUGGCGACAUGCUGGUAACGCUGGAAAGUAAUCUGAAUGACACCUGGUUGGCCAACAACAGCAGAUGCUGUCCUCACUGCUUCAGCAGAAUCGAGAAGAAUGGAGGAUGUAACCACAUGUUAUGCAGUCAGUGUGGACAGGACUUCAAUUGGUGCUGUGCUGUCAGACUGACAACAAAAAAUGGAAAAACGCACUUACAAGAAUAUGUCUGUGAGAACCACCGAAAAUAGCCUCCCAGUGCUUCCGCUACUUUCACCAGCAGCCCAUCAACAAGCCGUGUGCGUGUUUUGUCACAUUAAAAUCAGUUUUAUUUAAAAAGAUUAAAAGAGAAAUUAGAUCUGAUUGAAACAAAAAACAGAAAUUUACAUCCUGUGAAGUGUUUUGACCCAGACAUGUCAUACUGUACCAUGGUCAGCAGAGGGCGCUAAACAACAAGAAUGACAAAGCAGUAACAUGACAAGUUCCUUUUGGUAACUUUAGAAAAGCUAAUACGUAAAAGAAAAUCUGUUUGUUUGUUAUUUUCAAUAAAUUGAUACAUGAAUUUAGCAAAUGGUGAUACUGACUUAUUUAACCUGGAUGCUAUAAAAAACACUUCAGGAAAAUAUCCUCUGUAAAACUAUACAAUAGCACACCUCUAAGGUAUAAUAUCUCACAUCUUGAUGCAUUCUCAAUCAUCUAGGGAAGUAAAUCUCCAAAAAGUUGAUUCUGUUCAUCUGGACGUAACGUUUUGUGGGAGAAACGUUUCGUCACUCAUCCAAGUGACUUCUUCAGUCUCAGCUGACUGCAGGUUUCCCCAAUCUUACAAACAGUACAUUUGCAUAAUGACUGAAACCAGUCCACUGAAGGAACAAUGGGCUGGGAGGUCAGUUCCUUAAUCUUAAUUAUGCAGAUUCUCAUGACCAUUGAUCAACAACCACUGACCAAAACCCACUGAUCAAAGACCACUGAUCAAUGGCCAUGAGUACCAUUCACAGAGAGUUGGGGAAUGGCUGCAAUCACAGCAUUGUAAGAUGGCGAAAGAUGUACCCUUAGGCCCCCUCCUCGAUUCAGAGAUGGUCUUUCCCUUUUCACGUAAAUGGCCUCCUUGACUCCCCGUUCAAACCAGCGUUCCUCCCUGUCCAGGAUGUGUACAUCCUCAUCAUGGAAAAAUCGUCCACCGGCCUGUAGGUGUAAAUAGACUGCAGAGUCCUGGCCUGACGAGGUGGCUCUUCUGUGUUGUGCCAUCCGCUUCGCCAGAGGUUGUUUGGUUUGGUUGUUUGGUAUAAUAUCUUACACACAUAUUUCUAUAUGAAACGUUCUUGCAGCUGUUUCUUAGAUUCUCUGAGAUCUACAGUGUACAUAUUAAUUAAUAGUCUUACCUUUUACUCUUCUUUGACUUAACCUCAGAUUUUAUCAAUGUUGCAUAUGUAAAAUCACAGCAUCAAGAUCCUCACUAUGUGCCUGUAAAACAUGUUCUCCCUAGUUAUAAUUGUAGCUCAUUGUUGUCUUCACUGUCAGUAAACCCACUGUUUGUUUUUUUUCAAGUAAUGUAUAAAGCGUGUGGUUGCAAUUACUACCUAUAGCCACAUUUCCAGCAGUCUUAUUUUGUCGAACCAAAAGUCUGGAAAAAGCCUCUUUUACUCCAAAAGAUUAAGUUAAGAUUCAUUAAAUAAUUA